AUGCUUGCAACAAGGGGUGCUUUGGUGAUCCUCCUUCUCGCAGCCUUGUUCACCCUCCACGGCUGCCAUGAGAAGCCUGAGGACCUGCGAGCAGCGGCGGAAUUCACCAAUGUGUUUGCUGUGGUUUCCACAGUGCUUUUUGGCAUUGCGGUCGUUGCUGCCAUCGUAGUCGCCGCUUGCGCCGAUGAAGAUUCAGGAACCUGCCCUUUUUGCGGUUGCUGUGGCAUAUCUGUGAUCUUCUUUGUGUGUGGCCUUAGCUCCUGGAUCGCCUAUGCAGCCUACAGCUCAGAGAUGACGUGUGACACCCUCUUCAUCAUGCAGCCGGACCUUUGCCUUGAUGGUUGGCUACCUGCAGCGCAAGGCUUUGGCGUGGAAGAGUGUUGCAUAGCCGCCACCACCACGACUAUGACCACGACGAGUAGCGGGACAGUAUCAACUCGAACGGUCACGAGUAAGACGGCAACGACUUCAACUGCUUCUUCGAUGACGUUGUCAUCGCUGACAACAACGGUGAGCUUCACAACUACAAGAACAUCGACAACAACAUCGACCUCCACCUUGGUGGCCACCCCAUAUUGCAAGUGUACAGCCGGAGGUUCCAAGGACUUGCAGUGUGAGACUGGCUUUGGAACUUCUUGUGAUUCGGACACUGAUCUAGGCAUUUGCUUUGAAGAGGGCCGACUGUGCGAAGUCGAUAGCAGCAUGGGUUGCAUCACCAGACCCGAGUUUGAGACGGAAUGCUCCACUUUUCGGAUGCAAGAGGCAUGUGAAGCGCAGGCACAUUGUUACUAUCAGGCUCCCAGUCUUAAGUUCAGGAUGGUUUGCAGGAGCACUGGUCCAGACUCCAACAACACUUACGCCAACACCGUAUGUGCAAACUACACCGAUCAAGGUAGAGAGCUUUGCAACAAUCAAAAGUCGUGUCACUGGACAAUUGAGCAGUAUGAUGACCAGCCUUGCAAAAACAAUGGCCUUCAUGUUGGAUGUGUAGGUUUGGAGAAGCAACUUGACAGAGGGUGUGCCAUCUACGACAACAACGCCUCUUGUCAAACAGCUGAUUUGUUUGGGCGGUGCGAAUGGCGAGGCUUGUGCGAUUGUCCAACUGAGUAUUUCUGGGAGGACUGCGGAAAGGAGGUAGUGCAGUUCAAGCCUGAGGGCACGUGCAAUCAAACCGUCUCAGACUCUGCAGUUUGCAAAGGCCUGGUUGUAGCAGCCUCGUCGGAAGAUCCUCGUCGGUGCAGUGAGGCGCAAAGCUGCACAACGUGGGACACGGUCAAGAGCUUGGUUGGCCAAAUGCGGGAAGUUGAGAUUGGUGACAUGAUUGUUGAUGCCAUUGCACUGGUGUUUAUGGGGGUCUUUGUCAUCAUGGUUGAGUUUCUUCCAGGGAACUUUGAACGGACAUACAUUUUUCUCGCCACCCUGGUGAGCUUUUUCGCAGAUAUUGUCCUGGAAGUGUUUCUUCUGAUUUACGUGUCGAAAGCAUCAAAGGAAGUAGAGAAGUUAUCAGGAGCCGAUUGCUUUUCUACAAACAGCGACGCGUCCAGAUUGCUUGUGAAACUGAGUGAGGUGGCCGAAUCGAGCUUACGGCUAGCGUUUGGGCAGGUGGGACUGGCUGUGGUUGGCACUGCCUUUGAGAUUUAUGAGUUCUUCAAGGACUACAACAGCCUCGGCUCGCCCCAAAGACCUUCUCAAGAGAAGCAGCCGGACGCAGCGGUUGACCAGAAGGAAGAGCCGGAUGACUCGAAGAAAUGCCUUCAUGGCUCCAAGCUGGUUCGGCAAGCCUCCACAUGGAAUUUCUACAGGCUUUGUCGUGUCUUGGGUAUCGUUGGAAUGUUGUUUGGCGAACUAGCUCUUGGUUUGUGGAAUUACUUUCAAAACACCGACGUGCUUCUGGAGGGGAUUCAACGAAUUGAGCUGAGCGCUUUGCAGCUGAAGCCCAUGAAAGAUGGCCAUGCUUGCUAUGUGAGGCACCCUGAUUUGCCUCCCACGACCCCCAGUGGGGUAGGCUGGCCGAAUCCCAUUCUCAACAUGGUGGUGGCCGGCUUGGUGGUUUUGCUGUUCUACUUGAUCGCUGUUGCAGUGACGUGGUGCAGACGCCAUGGAAAAGACAUGGGUGACCAAGCGCAAGAUGACCCACCACCACCACCUCCAGAAGCACCUUGUGCUUUCGGAGCUUGUCACCAAGCCUUAGGGGAGAUCAAUGUGAUUUGGACCAUUCCAAGCUUAGCAUGUCCACAUGGCAUGCUGCCAGCUGGAGCUGUUGGAGCUGCACCACCUGGAGCCACCGGACUUUGGCACUCAAGAGAUCAAACGUCAUGUGAAGCUGUACGGACCUGUGCCUGCUCGGGCCAGUCACCUCAUCCCGGACCGCAGCUCCACGUGAAUCCAGGGCGAGCUGUGGCAGUACACGCGGUACCUAUGCCACCCCAAGCUCACGCGGCACCUUCGCUCCUCUCUUGGCCGCAGCUCUACGGCUCCCGGGUGGUGGUUCCAGUCACACUGCAUGAAGCACAGCAGACUUGGAUGCAUGCCUAG